AACCGCUCUAUCACCUCAUAUACGAGUAAUCCCUGGCCUCAUCUCACUCAAGAUUUCGACCGCUUUUUCUGACCGUUGGAAAGUCACUCCUUUCCUCUCUGGCUGCUCCCCCGACACGACUCUUGUGGCCUGCGCUGUUUACUGUUUGCUCCUUGAGCUUUGCCACACCCUGUUCUGGCGCCCAGAUCCGGGAGAUCCAUUCUCUAAGACGACCGUGAACAAUGUAUAGUUGUCGGUAACAAUCACCUGCGGCGGCUAAACAUCACCCUUUCAAACACCUCAUUCACCUUCAGGACAGUCACCCGAGAGAAACCCGUCUACUCUACUGCGUUCAACGCCUGCCGCAACUAAAUUUCCUCCCCCUUUCCACCUCGGUCGCCUGUUUCCUUCUCCGCCACCACCCGCCAACUUGUGUCGCAGUAACUUCGCCCAACAUGUCUCAAGCGGUCCUCAUGAAGGAAUAUAAGGCUCUAGCCAAAGAGAAAUGGGUUCAGAUCGAGAUCGAUGAAGAGAACAUCUAUCACUGGAACCUCGCCUUGAUGGUCAUUAACCCUGACUCUCUCUACUAUGGUGGCUAUUUCAAGGCUCAGAUGAGCUUCCCAAGAGAUUACCCUUACAAACCGCCGGACUUCCGCUUUUCCAAGCCCCUGUGGCAUCCGAACAUUUAUGCUGACGGCCGACUGUGCAUUUCCAUUCUUCAUGCACCUGGCGAGGAUAUUAUGUCUGGCGAGAGCGCUGGUGAGCGCUGGUCCCCAGCUCAACGCGUUGAAUCAGUGCUCAUCUCCAUCCUUUCCCUGCUGGACGACCCCGAGAUAUCUUCCCCAGCCAACGUCGACGCCAGCGUCAUGUUCAGGGACGACAAGGAAGCAUUCAAAGCAAGAGUGAGACAGGAUGUUGAAGCGUCAAAGAAGGACAUUCCCGAAGGGUUCGUCAUGCCUACGCACGAGACGACCAAGCCAGUCAUCGAGAAGAUCGACGAUGAUUUCUGGAACGACAGUGAUGCAGAAGAUGUCGAUUUCGAUGACUUUGACGACUUUGAUGAUGAUGCCGCCAACGGCAGCGAAUCGGAUCAGGAGUUGAACAACGAUUCCGAAGAUGAGGAGAACUACGAUGACGAUGAUGACGACGAUGCGGAGCAUGUUAAGGGCAAAGCUCGGGGAGACCGACUCGACUCUGAUAUGACGGAACCAGACGAAUGAAAGAAUGCGUGUCAUCUAGUAUAUGGACCGGACUGGACCUGGUGCGUUUCUAGCAUGCGUGCGGGAGUCCUCGACGGGGUUCUGCUGCUGACGGGUGUGUUUAGAAGGCUGAAGCCAGCAUCUCAGUCAGGGAUCUGUCAGGGGAAUAGUCAUUUUCAAGCCAGUCGUUCGAUUUCAGCGAAGGCGUCUAGCGUCGGCGUACAUGGGAGUUCUUCGUGAAAUAAGGGGAACGUUCAAAGAAUCCGUGAUGCAUCUUACGGGGAAGGAAGCUGCAUGAUAUCUCAGCAGAGUUUUGCUUUUGGUGCGAUAGACAAGUUUCAAGCUCGAGCUCUCUACGAAACACAGAUCAUAUGUGCUAUGGUUGAACAUGCAUGCAGUAAUCGUCACCCAAGGGUUCUCACUGGUACUACUGUCACUGGUCAUGCACCUCCUAUGAUCAAAGGCAAAAUCUCCUGAACACACCUUUCUGGUUGCUCUUGAUUCACCCAGUGCCCAGCUCCAUCGACAAGGACAGUUCCCCUGUACAUCGGUCGACUUACGCUUUGACCAGUCUCCAUUGCUUCUACGGCGCCGGGCUCCUGGAAGGUGCCCCAAUCUUUCCUGCCGCUCAC